AUGGCCGAAUUUGCCGCAUACAGCCAAGUCAUUGAGACUGGUCACCGUCAAUGGUUCCAGAAGCUAGCUACUGAUAUUGAAGCUGCUAUUUCCAGCCGACUUCCUCUUGGAAAGAAGAAAUUCUCUCGCUUCUGGGCCAUGGCUAGCUGGGCUCCCUUUUUUGACAAUGUCAUGUGCUAUACCACACCAUGUGUUUAUGAAGCCAUUGUGAAGACAGCUUGGGAAGACCCUUACACUGCUAUUGGCAAGGGGUUCUGUACCAAGCAUUUCACCAAGGCGGACCAUGCAUAUGCACAGAAGCAGAUCCGGAUGGCACUCGCCCACAUCAUUCAAUUCAACGAAUUCUUGCUUCUUGACCGCAACAGCUUGGCAUUUCCCGAUCUGCAGAUACUAUGGGAGAUCAUUGUCAAGCUCUUUGAGUUUGUACUGGUCCUCAAAGUCCGAGUCAAACAAGGCCAUCUGCUUGCAGUGUUGUUCAUAAGUGUUCAACUGCUGUGGUCUGUCUCCAUCUUCCUUUUGGGCUUACUGGGGAUUCUCGCGAUGAACUGA